UUACCUCAACAAAAAAAAAAAAAAGCAAGUAUUUUUUCAAGUUUGCCAAAUUUCACUAGAGCGGGAAAGGAAACCUUCAUCUCGAAAAUUCCUCUCACGGAUAAAACACAGCUAUUACUUCUGCAACUAACAAAAACACUCUCAAGAAUCUUGCUCUGGGAUUUCUUUGUUUUUUUUUUCCUUAAGACUCUUGAAUCAGAAUUCUUGGAAGCUGUUUUUUUUUUUGAAGAUUAUGAGUAGAACUGUGAAGAGAGAGGCAGGGAGUACUAGCAAUGGAAACCCAGGUGACUUGAACCAAGAACCCAGGGAAAUGAAGCGCGAACGAGUGACUCGGAGCCGAGGCAAGUCAGGAGUGGAAGAACCGAAUCAGCAAAUGGACCGGCGAGUCCUCCGGUCCAUGUAUCGUACCUUACAGAAUAGAAUCAAGGAUAAGAGAGAUGAUUUGACGAGACACGAUUUGGAUAGGUUUAAUACUAUGAUUAAGGAAGUUGAAGACUUGCAUAAAUUUGUGCAGAAGCCAAGAGAGCAAGUUGCAGAUGCAGAGGCGUUAUUAGGGUUAGCUAACACAUUGGUGUCUUCUGUUAAGUCACAGUCAAAUGAGGGUAUUACACCUGCAGAUUUUGUGUCCCAUUUGAUUAAAGAGUUUGGACAGCAAACUAGGAGUCUAGACAAUGAUGAGGAUGCUCCGGUUUCAAUCAAGUGGAAAGAUCUUGGCCUUCUUGUUUCUCCUAUUUUUCGGAGGUGCACGGGGGUUAGUACGAUGUUGGGACCAAUGAAUACGGAGUUGAAACAAAGAAAGGCAGCGGUUCAUAGAAAGCGUACAAGGCCAGCUGAAAAGGCUCGGCCUGAAGAGGUUGAUGAUGCUGGAGGAGAAAAGAAGACAGAUACUGAUAAGAAUAUGAAAAUAAUCUUUGAUAUCUUAAAGGAGAAGAAAAGUGUUAGACUUGAAAAUUUGAUCUUGAACAGAAGGUCUUUUGCAGAGACUGUGGAGAAUUUAUUUGCACUCUCAUUCUUAGUGAAAGAUGGCAGGGUUAAAAUUGUUGUGGAUGAAAGUGGAUGCCAUUUUGUUUCACCUAGGAAUGCUCCAGCUCCCAGUUCUGUUAUGUCAGGGGAGGUUGCUUACAGACAUUUCGUGUUCAGAUUUGACUUUAGAGAUUGGAAGCUGAUGAAGGGUGUGGUGCCGGAUGGCGAGGAGCUUAUGCCACAUAGGGAAAGUUCUGGUGCUUCUCAGGUGGAGCCAGAUGCUAACAACACUGAAGGAACACGAUCUAGGACACCCAUCAGGAAAUUCUCUAGGAACCGUGGCCUGGUUGUCCAAGAAGAUUCAGUUGUCGUGGAAGACUCUCCCGAUAUUGAUGAUGAUGUAGAUGCAAGAGCCACUGGCCUCAUGAGGUGUAGGCGUAAGCUUGCUUGAAUGAGAGGCUUGCUUAAUGAUUGCAAGUUAUGGUAGCGGCUUCUAUUUUGGGUUGCAUAAUGUGUAUAUAUAUACAAGUAAACCUUGCGUAUUUAGGCUACUAAGUAACAAUUUGCAGUGCCGGCUGCAGUUUCAGGCUGAUGCUGUCUUUUCGCUUUCCUUCUGGGAAACUGAUCUUCAAGUUACAAGCAACUUCUUUAGGAUUCUAUGCAAGGAUGAUUUGUCAAACUAGUCCACUAACCUCAGUAGUCACUAUGCAUAUUCGUCAUGAAAGACCAAUCCAAGUUCUUAGGGACAUUUUGUA